AUGCAGGCCAAAAAGCGAUAUUUAAUCUCGCUGUUGACUGGCGCGUUUCUAGUUCUUCUGUUCUACUUUGGGGGUGUCCAAGUUCCAGCCACAGGCAGGGACCGGCUUGACCGCAGCCGCAAUGGAUAUCGCCCCGAUCAGUCAUGGCCACACUUUUCGGACCCUUUACAGCCAUUUAAUCCGCUGGAUCAAACGGACACAGAGGAAUACAAUAAUCAUAUAUCACCGAGGCAAAAGAGGGACGUCAAUACAAGCGUAUACAAGGGCAAGCGGUGUCGCAUGGAAUCAUGCUUUGAUUUCUCCUUAUGUAGAAAAAACGGUUUUAAAGUUUAUGUAUACCCUCAACAAAAAGGGGAGAAAAUUUCAGAAAGUUAUCAGAACAUUUUGUCAACUAUCGAGGGUUCCAGGUUUUACACCUCCGACCCUGGACAAGCAUGUCUGUUCGUAUUGAGCUUGGAUACUCUCGAUCGCGACCAGCUGUCGCCACAGUAUGUUCAUUUAAAAUCUAAGGUCCAGAACCUGCCGCUCUGGAACAAUGGUAGAAAUCACCUUAUAUUUAACUUAUACUCAGGCACGUGGCCGGACUACACGGAAGACUUAGGGUUUGACAUUGGCCAGGCCAUGUUGGCCAAGGCGAGCAUCAGCACGGAGAACUUCAGACCCAACUUCGACGUGUCUAUUCCGCUGUUCUCCAAGGACCACCCGAGGACCGGUGGCGAACGGGGAUACUUGAAGUACAACACCAUUCCACCAUUUCGGAAAUAUAUGUUAGUAUUUAAGGGGAAACGCUAUCUCACUGGGAUUGGGUCGGACACGAGGAAUGCCUUAUACCAUAUCCACAAUGCGGAGGAUGUGGUUCUUCUCACUACCUGCAAACACGGGAAGGAUUGGCAGAAACACAAGGACGCACGCUGCGACAGGGACAACGCCGAGUAUGACAAAUAUGACUACCGUGAAAUGCUGCACAACUCCACCUUCUGUCUGGUGCCUCGAGGGCGGCGUUUGGGCUCCUUUCGCUUCCUGGAAGCUCUGCAGGCGGCCUGCGUGCCUGUAAUGCUAAGUAACGGUUGGGAGCUGCCUUUCUCGGAGGUGAUUAAUUGGAACACAGCUGCUGUGAUAGGGGAUGAGAGGUUGCUGCUACAGAUCCCAUCCACCAUCCGCUCCAUUCAUCAGGAUAAGAUCCUGGCUCUGCGCCAGCAGACGCAGUUCCUGUGGGAGGCCUACUUCUCUUCAGUGGAGAGGAUUGUUCUUACUACUCUAGAGAUCAUUCAAGACCGUGUGCUCCAGCACACAUCCAGGAGCAGUUACAUGUGGAACAACCACCCUGGGGGGCUCUUCACCCUGCCGCAGUACUCCUCCUACCUGGGCGACUUUCCCUUCUACUACGCUGCACUGGGGAUCAAGCCGUCCCCCAAGUUCACGGCCGUCAUCCACGCCGUCACCCCUCUGGUUUCCCAAUCCCAGCCUAUCCUGAAGCUCCUGACGGCAGUGGCCAAGUCCCAGUACUGCGCUCAGAUUAUUGUGCUGUGGAAUUGUGACAAACCUUUACCUGCCAAACAUCGAUGGCCAGCAACCACCGUACCAGUUGUCGUCAUCGAAGGAGAGAAUAAGGUGAUGAGCAGUAGGUUCCAGCCCUAUGACAGUAUAGUCACUGAUGCUGUGUUGAGUCUGGACGAGGACACGGUGCUCUCCACUACUGAGGUGGAUUUUGCCUUCACUGUUUGGCAGAGUUUCCCAGAGAGAAUCGUGGGAUAUCCAGCUCGCAGUCAUUUCUGGGACAGUAAUAAGGAGCGCUGGGGCUACACUUCCAAAUGGACCAACGAUUACUCCAUGGUUCUGACAGGGGCAGCCUUCUACCACAGGUAUUACCACAGUCUGUACACCAGUUUCGUGCCAAGCAGUCUGAAGAACAUGGUGGACCAGCUGGCCAACUGUGAGGACAUCCUCAUGAACUUCUUAGUGUCUGCAGUCACCAAACUGCCCCCCAUCAAGGUCACCCAGAAGAAACAGUAUAAGGAGACCAUGAUGGGACAGUCAUCCAGAGCGUCGCGUUGGGCCGACCCGGACCACUUCGCCCAGCGCCAAACCUGCAUGAACAAAUUCGCCAGCUGGUUUGGCGGAUUGCCCCUGGUCCAUUCCCAAAUGAGACUGGACCCAGUUCUGUUCAAGGACCAGGUCUCCAUCUUACGCAAGAAAUACAGGGAGAUCGAGCGUCUCUGA